AUGAAUGGCUUUGGCGACGAACUGCUUGACUACAUUACAGCUGGGCCGAAGCUGCGUAAGUGGUACGGGGAGGGCGAGCGAAUGCCUGUGGAUGGUGGCGGGGAGGACAUGACUAGUGAGCCAGAAAAUGAUGAUCUGGAGGACGACGGCGUCAGAGACGCUGUCCUGGUCGUCGAUGCAGACAGCGCCACCGCAGAGCAGGUCGUCCUGCAGCUCAUUUUAUCCAGGGCAAAGGUGAGGGCGCUGGUGAAAAAUGCAGCUGCAGCCAGCACAGCCUACGGCUCCUACAUCACUCCCGUAGAGGGCAGCUCGGGGGACGCUCGGGCGGUGCAAGCGGCGCUCAGGGGGUUGCGCGCAGUCAUCUGUACUGGGCGGUUGGGAGAGGUGCUGCCGUUGUGCCAGCAGAGGAAGGUGGAGCACCUCAUCCUGCUCACAUCCACAGGGGGCACGGGUGGCGGGGCCUUCUCGCUGGGGGCAUUCCUGGACGGCGAGGCGACAGCUCAGCGCGACUCAGCGCGCGAAGCGGCGGCUCUACGUAGCGGCGUUCCCUGCACCCUCCUGCGCGUUGGCCGCAUCUCCGACGGCCCCGGCGGCUCCGAGCGCCUGGCCGUCUCUCAGGAUGACUUACUGGGCAGGCCGCUGGGGGAGAUAUCACGUGAGGAUGUGGCAAGGGUGUUGGUGCGGUGCUUAGAUAGGCAACCUGCAGGCAGCCUCAGCUUCUCUAUGGAGGCUGCCGGACCAGCGGAGGGAGACUCAGAUCUAGACCUUGCAGAGCAGCUUGCGCGAUUACAAGAGUCGGUGCCUGCCGCAAAUGUCACAUAG